AUGGCUCGAACAUCUGCGCGGUCGGUGUCGCGAGACCUCCCAUCUUCACCACCAACCAAACCCGCAAGUCCAGUUCGAAGAACCACGCGAUCCACUCGUAGCCAAAGUAUAGAUUUGGAUGCUCGUAGACCUCGCCAAGAAAGUGUUGAGAAUACGGGUGUUGGAAAUGAGCAACAAAAUUCUAGGGGUGGUCGCAGAACUGCUCGCAAAGAAGCACCCAGUCGCAGAGAAUUGUCUAUAGUUGCAGAAGAUAGAGAAGCAUUAUCUGAGGAAGAAGAUGCCGAACAAGCCAAGGUGAACGAGGAUCCUGAAGCUGGUGAACAAGCCGAUGAUGAGGAAGAUCCUGAAGCUGGUAAACAGGCCGAUGAGGAGGAGGAGGAGGAGGAGGAGGAUCCUGAAGCCACCAAGGUGGCAGACCAAGAGGAGGAAGAUCUUGACACAACCAAGGUCGCAAGUGGUCAGGAAUACGAUUCAGGGAACGAAGACCGCAGCGACUUCUCAGACGAUACGCGUACAACAUCACACACAAAACGGGUAAUGCAAAUCAUCAAUUCCAGAUCGGCUAUUGAGACUCUUCCGGACCUUUACAAUACGGCUCAAAACAUUAUCAGCAAAUCUACUAAAAAAGAUAUUCGCCAAAAGGAAAUGGCUCGUCAUCUUAAAGCUUUGGAAACACUUUCUAAUGGACUUGAGGUUUACAAAGAGCCAUAUGGAAGAGAACAGUUUAUUGAAGUUGACAUCGUUUUAGAAAAGGUCUCUGGGUCAUUAAAUGCUACAAGUUUUGGCUCAGGUGGUCUCGGUGAUUGGGCCACCCCUUUUGCUGCAAUUCUUCAAUCAGCGAAUCUUGCAACUCUUCUAGGCCAAGUUAUUCAACUACGUGAGGAUAAUGAAGUUUCACAAGAAGAGUUAAUGUUAUUUCUGCAAUCUUUAGAGAAAAUGUUUCCUCGCCCAUUUGUGUCUAAGUUUGCCGCGCCUACAGAUCUCGGAUCAGAAAGUAGUAGAUUGAUCAACGAAACUCACGCUAUCAUGUUAGAAAUACGAACUCAGCUUUUUGAACUUGCUGCCCGUCAGUUAGAACCUGGUCCGAAUUACAAUCCUAAUGAACUCCUGACUUCUUGCUUUGAGGGUGGUUUUAAGAAAAACGACAUCAAAACUGGCGAGAGGGUGGACAUCAUCCGCAGUAUGUUCUUGCCUCCAGGCCAAGCAAAGAAUUCGGGUAGAUAUGUCGACUUUGAUCGUCUGAAUAAAUCAUUUCCAAGAUCUGAAUUCUACAAUGACCUUGUCGAUUAUGGCGAAAAGCGCUGGGAUGAGCUGGAGAUGAUCGUUGAAAACCGAGGUGGUAUUAAGAAUGUGAUGGUGCCAUUUGACGAAGUCGUUAAAGAUAUUCAAUCAGAUGCAGAAGAAGAAAUCGUGAAAAGUGGUCAACUCGACUCCGAACCCGAGAUUCGUGCAGACUACGAGCCGGAAGUAUUAGAACGUGACGAUAGUACAGUCUCGGAUAGGGGCCCCCAGGCGUCUGCACCAAAAACAAGAAAAGACUUUCAUGACAACCCAAGUGCUAUAACGAAACUUGUCGGUCUCAGAAAGAUGGCGGGAAGUCGGAAAAGUGGUGGUAUAGAAGUCAGUUCUAACAUUCCAGCUUCGUCACAACUAGAACAGCAGGAAGAGGAUUCCAGAAUUACACAAUAUUUCAAGAAAUACAGCGAUUCCCAGAAUAAAGAAAAUAAAAGUCCUGAACAACCCCUGGGAUCUCGAGGUCGUCCAUUGAUAACGGCUACUACAAAGCGUAGUGGGAUGUAUAGGAAACACCCGAAUGCCCAAAAAGUGGGUUGGAACGAGGACAGCCAAGGGUUUCCCAUAGAUUCUCAGGCGGAUGAUCCGGGACCAUCUCAGCCAAGAAUUAACAAGCGCAAAGGCCCUCCUCCAGUCCUUCAAGCAGAUGAUGAAGUACCUCAACUAUCCCAACCAAAAAACAACAAGCGCAAAGCCGGCGAUGCAAAUAUUUCGUCGGAUGAUAAAGACCAUAACUCGGAUGACGACUUUGAAACCGACAAAAGAAAAACGAAACCCGGGCGUAGAAUUGUUGCACCUAAACCUUCAGCCCGGCCCAGCAAACGAGCACGUACCGAGGAAGGUGAAACUUCUCGAGCACAAGAUUUGCCUAGUAGAAAAGCUUCUAGAGAAGCCUCCGCAUCACCCGAAGUUCAGUCAGAUGACGACAAUCCUAGCGAAGAUCAGGGCUUUGAAGCCGAUCAAAACGUACCUAAACCCAAGCCCCAACGUAGCAAACGAGCGCGUACCGAAGUUGAUGGAAGCUCUCGAGCACUGAUGCCACCUCGUAAACACAGAUCUCCAUCACCAAUCUUAGCCCCUGAGAAUGAUGAUGACGAACAAAAUCAAGAAGACCUAGAACAAGAAACCCAACGCAGGGAAGAGCUAUCUCGAUCAGCUCAAGUUCCAGACGAUGAUGAAGGCAGUGUGCAAUUACCUCCGGAUGAUCCUCCAGGCACUGUCGCACAUUCAUUUACCCAAGCCAGCGCUCAUUCAAAUGUAAGAGCACAAGCGAUUAAGAAUGGUUAUAGUGUAUCACAAACUCGUACGCCUUGGUCUGAUGAAGAUACACAACUUCUUAUUGACUACAUUGGUGAUCUCGGUCCGUGGUGGUCAGAGAUUGAAAAACGUGGUGAAUUUGAACGUGAUAAUAUUACUCAGGUCGGUUUGAAGGAUAAGGCGAGAAAUAUCAAGGUCGAUAUGUUACUAGCUGGCCAAACACUCCCACGAAAUUUUACAGGGGUCAAACUCAAUGCAAAUUUAAUUAAGAGGGUGAAGAGAACUUGGCCUGAUUAUGAUCCUUAUACCGACACGGGGUAUGGAACAUUCUGA